AUGCCGACCUGCUUAUUGCCCAUUAGCACUUUAGCCGAAUUUUUGAAAACUAUGACGUACAGAUGUCGAGGCAGAGCUACGCCCCGUUGCCACCCAGAUUGCAAAUCCAAGGCGGUGUUAGACAGCAUUUGCAAUUCGUGCCAUGCAAUAAAAGAAUGUUUAAAAAAUGAAGAGGAAUUUGAUAAAUUCUUUGAUGAUGAGGAAUUUGAAACGAGUCAUUGGCCGUGUGAACGAUGUUUGGAAGCCCUCAAAAGCAUUAAAAUGUUUUGGAAAAUAAUUAUUGAAAAGAUAUUUAAUAUUACCCUUCCAAGAAACGAUGAGAAAGUCCCUCAGGAACAUUGUUUUACUGAUAGUGUACAGUCUGUGGCAAAAGCUUGGCAAACUGAAAUGCUUCAACAAGCAAUGAAAGAAAUAGAAAGACUGAAAAGAGAAAAUAGCUCACUGAAGGUUGAGCUACAAAAUGUAUACAAAUCUUCCUCAUGGAAAUCAUCAUUCCACGCGUGCUCAAAAUGUUCUAGUAAUCAUAAAACUAUUGCUUUGUUACCAAAACCAUUUGAAUGUUAUGCAGAAGAAAAUGCUAACACAAACCAAGUUAAACCCAUCGAUUCAGAAAUGAUUAUAACUAUGAAAAAUUGCAAAAAUGAGGCAUAUAGACAUAUUUCCUUAUUGCAAGUUCUACAUAAAACCAACGAUCCCGGUAUAAAAGACCUAAAUUCAGACGGCGCUUGUGGUAAGAGGAAGGAAGAUCCGAUUGAAUUAUUAACCAAAGUUCAAAAUACAUUCGGUGCUAUAGUAAAACGUGAAAUGGAUACGAUAGCAAAUAACAAAAGACAAUCUGGAAUGAGAUCUGAUAUCGAUGCUACCUUCCAUUCAUUGAACUCUAGUAGAUCUGCACCUUCGUGUUCAACAAUAACAGUAGACAGUACUGACUCAAAUCAUGUAAGGUUUUUAGCUAAUAUUUAA